AUGACAAACGUUACAGAUAGCGACGAUUCCAACUUAUCAUCUUUAACUAACUCUCCUUCAGAUGGACAAUCUACUAACAAGACAUUAGAUCAAGAUCCAUCCUAUGAAGACCAUCUCAGCCGAAAAUACAACAAUCCGAUGACAACAGUUGUUAUUCCUUCCGCCACCAUAUACUCGACAAAAAAACCUGGAUGGGGUGAAGCAAGAUAUUACCAAACAGGAAAUCAACAAUCUCUUAGUAGUGUUUCUCAGGAAAAUCAGCAACCUCCUAAUACAAAAAACAUCAAUACACCAAUUCAACAAGCUCCUUCUCCGCCACUUGCUCAUGAUAGUAAUACCCCUCGGGCAAAUUCCGCUCAAUCAACUCCUCGCAAUGAGAUGGAUAGCUACAACGAUCACAAACGAGGUAACGGUGAUGAUUCUGAGCGUGAAAAGCCUAUGUCCAAUAAACAACAAAGAAAAAAGAGACAACAACAACAGUUGCAACAAUUGAAUCAAAAUCGAGAAUCAACAUCAUCAACAACAUUUAUGGAACAAAGGGACAAGGGAUUCGCAAAUAAUCCGCUACAAGCUUCUUUACCAAAAAUAAAUGAUCCUUCUCCACAAAACGAGCUCAACACUAAAAGAAGCUUUGCUGGAAAAAUAGAGGAAAAUCCCUCUCCACAAACCGAGAUCAACACUACAAACUUUCUUGAAAAACCUUUUCCGCAAAACAAUAUCAGUAACGAUAAAAAGAAAUCAGGAAUGCAACAAGUAGUGACAGAACCAUAUCACUAUGUCCCAGAGUUAACAAACAAUAAAAAAACGGAUCCAUUGUUGUUUUAUCAACAACCUAAAAAAAUUCACUCCGUUGCGUUGUUUAUCUAUUUCAACGUUGACUAUGCUGGCUACACACGCAUUCUACCAACUAAGAGAGGAUUCACUCAAUAUGGAUUCACCCGUUUAAUCAAGUCUUUCGAAUACAAAACGCGCACAAACGCCGCAAAUGCCAUAAUCGCUGCCAAAGAAUUCACACUUGAAUGCGCGAUCAAUUGUUGGCGUAAUAACAAAAACCUUACACUUUUCUGUGCUGCGCAAGAAUACGCAUAUACUGAUUGCGAGUUUGUUAAAAGCAUUCGCGAGGUCUGUGAUAAUGAGACUCUUGACGUGAUUGUCAUACGCCCAAAUCUGCCCCCUUAUUCCAUAUAUUAUAUGUGUGAACCACUUGAUCGCGCUGGAGCAACGUCUGUAGUUUAUAGCAGGGAUGAACUCGUGGCUAAUUCAAUUCUGCACAUUUUGGAAGCUUCUACGAAAAAGCUUGCAAGUGACAUGCACAAGGUGGAUUUUUAUAAUAAGGAUGAACCUUAUUAUGAGUUUACCAAUUUUUAUCGAGCUAAAGUAACAAUUGACACUCACACUUGGCCUACCACUGAGCACUAUUUCCAAGCGCAGAAGUUUGAAAGCCAAUAUAUACAAAAAAGAAUUCGCGACGCUAAUACAGCCCGUGAUGCAUUUUCGAUCGCGCGUUCCAGGGACUAUGAUAAAAGAGCAAACUGGGAAUCGCGUGUUCCUCCACGUGGGUUCAUCUUCAAAGAAGAAGUGAUGGAACGUGCACAAUUGUGUAAAUACUCUCAAAAUCCAUCACUGAAAUAUAAACUGCUAUCAACCGCCACUGCUGAUUUAUACGAACACACCUCGAACGAUACUUACUGGGGAGACGGUGGCAACGAUCGAAAAGGACUGAAUCGCUUGGGCUAUACUCUGGCAAAAGUCAGGUCACAAUUAAUGUGUGAAGAAAUUCAUGCGCUCGCUUGCAAGUAUCAAUGCCCGAUGCAGAAAAUGUGGAUUGUGCCGGAAUUGUGCAAAAUGGACAGUGUGGAUAAUGACGAUGAUCUCUAUAUCGAUAUGAUAAAUAAUGAAGAUCCUCAGUUUCGGUCUAAACAAUAA